GUGAUAGCCAUAGUGAUGGAUAUGAUCACAGACGUCCACAUCUUGCAGGAUUUGAUGGAUGCAGCGUCUCGUCGAUCUGUGCCUGUUUACAUCUUGUUGGACAAUCAGGGUGUGCCACACUUCCUGGAUAUGUGUUCCAGGCUUCAGAUCGGCUCGCAGCACCUUCGAGUAAGACUGUAAUUUUUGCAAAGGAAWUUAUUUUAAAAUAUGCAAAAAAAACAACC